AUGACAACAAACCUGAAAGCAGAGCUAUUCUGUGACAGUGAAAAAGUGAUACGUACCUCAGAGAGUGUGGACUGGGAAGACAGAACUGUUCCUGGAACGUUGGUUAGAAAUGUGGUACAUUCAAGGAUUACCAGUCCUGUGCAUCUCUUUGUUAAACAGCCUCUGGGUUCAAAGCCAGCAUAUGCAGACAAUUUGGAAAACUUUGGGGAUUGGCUGGCAAACAGAACAGAGAUUCAAGAGCCACUAGCAAGAACUAAAAGACGGCCAAUAGUGAAGACAGGAAAAUUUAAGAAAAUGUUUGGGUGGGGUGACUUCCAUUCUAACAUUAAAACUGUCAAACUUAACCUGCUCAUCACAGGAAAAAUUGUUGAUCAUGGAAAUGGAACAUUUAGUGUUUAUUUCCGGCACAAUUCAACAGGCCUGGGCAAUGUUUCAGUGAGCUUGGUACCUCCCUCUAAAAUAGUAGAAUUUGAAGUGUCCACCCAGUCUUCCUUGGAGACUAAGGAAUCCAAAUCUUUUAACUGCCAUAUUGAGUAUGAAAAAACAGAUCGGGCAAAGAAGACUGCUUUGUGCAAUUUUGACCCAUCCAAAAUCUGUUACCAGGAGCAGACUCAAAGUCAUGUGUCCUGGUUAUGUUCCAAACCAUUUAAAGUCAUCUGCAUUCACAUUGCCUUUUACAGUAUUGAUUAUAAACUUGUACAAAAGGUUUGUCCUGACUACAAUUACCAUAGUGAGACACCAUACUUAACUUCUGGAUAAAUCUUUUCUCAGUAAUAGAAAUGAAAUUUUCAUGUCAAUUUACCUAGAAUGCCAAUAAAACAGGCCCAGCUUUCCCUGACAAAAGACCCUUCUAUUUCUGGCAAUAGACUGUAAUUACUUGUCCAUAUUUCACAUUAAAAUAUAUAUUCAAAUGAGAAGUUGAUUUAUUUUGGUGAUAUUAUCCUUAUCUAAAAAGUUAAACAGAUUGUAAAAAACCAUCAUUUUCAUGUAAGAUGGUAACAUUCUGGAAAUGUUGCUUCUCUGUAAGAAGCAUCAGCAGUAGCCAUGUGUAAAAGGAGGAACCAAAUUGUGCAUGUGAUAAGCACUGUUCUUCAAACAGUUCAAUUGUGCAUGUGAUGAGCCUGUCUUUGAUGUGUUUUAGAAAGUUUCAAAGAGUAGGUUCAGUAAAAUAAUUGAGAAGAUGGUGUUUAAGAGAUGGAUUGUGUUUCUGGUAUUGAACUGUUUUUUAAAAUUACUAUCUCUUGAUGUCAAUUUUAAUAGCUACAAUGUCACAAGAAAAUCAAACACAAUACUAUCUGAGCAGUCUGCAUAGACAAUGAUUGAAGCACUUUACUAUUAUGAUUCUCAUUUGAGUGGUAUUGAAACAUACCACUUGGGUACUAGAUAAGCAAAUGUAGGUGUAAGUCAACUCAACAAUAAUGAAGAUGAUAUUUGUAGACACUUCAGUGUUGCAGAUUCUUUUUUUUAAUUCUUAUUCACAUUAAAGUAAGGACUUCAGUCCCAUUAUUUGAUAGUCUGAUUUUAUAUAUACAUUUGUGGAACAAUUCUGAAAUUGAAAGAAAGUAUUUCUGGGCAAAACCAUUCCACAGUCAUGGACUCAUUAUUUGUAGGCCCUCAGAUUAGGUUUUCUUUGCAUUUGUUAUCACCAAAAUGAGAAUAAGAGUUCUAUGUAGAAAUAAUUAGUUACAUUUGAGUAUUUCUAAAAAAUAAGUACUGAUAUUUACAAUGCCUGUAUCACUGACAUUUUGAGAUUACUUUACUCUCAGUGUCCUCAUCUUCGAGAAGAGUUGAAUGACCAUCUUUAGGAUGGGUAAUGAGACUGAAUGAGAACAGAUAAAGGGAAGAAGACUGGUAGGACUCGAGACUUGUAGUUAGUCUCCUCUAAUAGAUAUUAACUUCUACUUAAAUACUCAUCUGUACAGUGUUAAACAAGUAAAAUACUUAAAUAGGACUCAUUUAAGGUAAGUCCUAACCAACAAAUGUACUCUUAUCACAUUGUUCAGAAAGCCUACAGCUUUGUUCUGUACUUUACAUCUCUAUUCUGUCCUUUUCCUGGAAAUACUUAUUGUGUCUUACUUUGUCUUUUGUACAAGUUGUGCUGGGCUUGUAAAUGGUAGACCAUGUUUGAUAUUUCUCCUUUAGAUCAUUGGGUGCUUGAUUUUGUUGUUAGUAAAUAAUAUUUUGAGGCAUCUUCUAUGUUCAUCUAGAAACAUGAACAAAUAGUGUUUGUUGUAAACUAUGUGUGAACAUAUAUACUUGGAAUUUUCUUCACACAA